UUGUGACAUAUUGCGUCACAUGACGGAGGAAUCCAGGAAGUAUUUUGGUUACCCAAGGCGGAAGCAUAUAUUCUACUGAACCUGAAAGUGAUUUAGGAGAAAACGUUGUUAACGAGGAACAGCAUUGUUAUAACUCAGUAAUCACAGGGCGGAGUGGAUAUUCCGGAUAUUCCUUUUCGUUGCUGGUAGACCGGGUCACUCCACCACUGCCCUCCCGAUCCAGUUCUUCCCGCCACGUGUUUGGUUUCUGACCUCGCUCAACAUCAGUGCCUGUGUGUCCAGCCUCAGCUCCCUCUUUAACUUUUAGUUUCAGCCCAUCCCAUCCAUAACAGUCUCUGUCUCUGUCAAUGGCUGGGCGCGGUGGAGGAACAACCAGGCCUAAUGGUGCCACAGUGGCAAACAAAAUCUGCCAGUUCAAACUUGUGCUGCUGGGGGAGUCAGCGGUAGGCAAGUCCAGCUUAGUGCUGCGCUUUGUCAAAGGCCAGUUUCAUGAAUUCCAGGAGAGCACCAUUGGAGCGGCCUUCCUCACUCAGACUGUCUGUCUGGAUGACACCACUGUGAAGUUUGAGAUCUGGGACACAGCAGGUCAAGAGCGCUACCACAGCCUGGCUCCAAUGUACUACAGAGGCGCUCAGGCGGCCAUUGUGGUUUACGACAUUACCAACACAGAUACUUUUGCACGAGCGAAAAACUGGGUAAAGGAGCUGCAGAGACAAGCCAGUCCCAACAUAGUGAUCGCUCUGGCUGGAAACAAGGCAGACAUCGCAAACAAGAGAGCUGUAGAGCUUCAGGAGGCACAAGCAUACGCUGAUGACAACAGUCUACUCUUCAUGGAGACCUCAGCCAAGACUGCCAUGAAUGUCAAUGAAAUUUUCAUGGCUAUUGCGAAGAAGCUACCGAAGAACGAUCCUCAGGGUGGAGCUGGACAAGGGGGGCGGACCAGGACAGGAGUGGAUCUACAAGAAGCUGCUCCUCAGGGCCGCAGCAGCCGGUGCUGCGGCGGGGGCAAUUAGCAAGUACAAAACAAUGAACUUAGUGAGCGAGCCCUGAACAUUGUUUUAAGGACAGCACGUAGCUAAAACCCAGAGAGGCAGGAGAAGGCAGAGCCACUCGCCACCCCUGCACUUAAACUGAGAUAACAGAUGAGAUUAUCUGGAUCCUCUUUGAUUUAAGGAACUUUUUUUUUAAGAAUCAUAAGCUAGAGGGAAUAACCAAGAUCCCUCACUACUUCUCUUCUGUCUUUCCCCCCAUGUAUCUAUCUACCUCCCUGUUCAUCUUCAGCCUCUGUCUCAGUUGAUUGAAUUCUGUCUUUAAUGAAUGGGUGAUGCUGAGGUUGUUUGCCAUUUUCCCCCUAUUUGUUUGAGUGUGUGUGUGUGUGUGUGUGUGUGUGUGUGUGUGUGUAAUGGUGUGUGUCUAUGUUAUGUAUGUGUAUGUAUAUAGUACAUACAUGUAUGUGUAUGUACUAUAUACAUACACAUACAUGUAUAUUGGCAGUUUACUUUUCUACUCUUUUGUCAUUUCCCUAUACAUUGAUCAUCAUUAUGAAAGAUACAAAUAUCCAACUACUAAUACUGGAAUUGCAAAUGACAGAGCAAUUAAUCUUAAAGCUGGAGUGCGGAACUUUUGUCUCCCCCUUCUGGCAGUGAGAGUAAUUACACAAACACUAUCGACGCGUGCUUAUGAUGUAUGCCUAUAGUGAGCUGGCCCCAGGCUCAUGUUCAGAAAUAGUUACAAAAUACUGAGAAAUUUCCACAGUUAAUAAUAAUUAUAAUAACAAUAAUCCAUUAUUUAGGUAGAGUAAAUGUAAUAGCUACAUGGCCUACUCCAAAUAUUUUACCAACCUGUCCAAGAGCAGUAACUUGACGUCUGUGUCUGCCUCAGUCCCUUUUCUCAGCGCUCUCCAACAAGGAAAAGCUAAAGCUACACCAGUCGUUAUCUGUGUUUGUCCUCGCCGUCGAUCGCUUUCUUAUUUUGACAGUAAUCCUUCCUCUGAAAGCUGAGUUUCUUUUGUUAUCUGGAGCAUCAGACACAUGUUGUCUUGGACGCUUCUUAGGUUUUACAAGGUUUCCUAGUUGCUGUAGCCUACUCCGUCGCUACGGUUACUCCAGAGCCAUGUAGAGAGAGUUGCGGCUUUAUUGGCACGACUGCAUACAAUACAACGUUGCCAAAGCAUAUUAACACAAACUAUCCAAUCAUAAUAAACAAAAUAAACAAUAAACAAUGCUCAAUAAUAAACAUUCUCUCCAAUGGACCUUUAUUUUUUUACAGCAAUGGCGGAUCGCGGCGCUCUACAUGGCUCUGGGUUGCUCCCCAAUUCCGCUCUGGCAAACCAAAUAAAUAUAGAAAUACAGAGAGAUUUACCUGGUGGUGAUAGGCUUAAUCAGCAUUGUGUGAACUCAUUUGGCAAGGGCUUGAAUGUAAUCGAUGUUUAUUUAUAUGUAAAAGUCCCACACUCUAGCUUUAACGAUUUUUGUCUUAUUGCAAUUUAGAUCAUAGCAUUUUGUUCUUUUUAGGGACCUGGACAUGACACAAUUCUAAGGAAAGCUCUAGACUUUGCUUAUUUAAGCAGGUCACGUUUUAAUAGGCUACACGUCUGAAGAUGUUUCUGAACUGUGCAACAAAUGCAGUUGUUUGCAUUCAUUGUGUAUUGAUAACCUGUAACACCAGAGAGUUGUUAGCCUUUUUUAAAAAGAAAUGUGAAAAUAACUUGUAAAGUAAUAAAUAACAUGCAAGAUUCAUUUUGUUUUGAGUUGUUUUGCAGUGGUAUGGUAUAGCUUUGGAGGACAUUUCCAAUGAUUAUUUGCAUGUGUGUUUUUAAGUCUGUUGGCACUGCAGGGUGGCCGCCUGGUGGGUUCAAACCACUCUGGCCUGGUUUGGUGUAAGAAGCAGUACAGCCUCUGUGGCAAUAAGCAAGGUUUUUAGAUUCGUAAGAUAGCAUAUUGGCCCAAAUAUAAGACAUUGUUGUUGUUGUUUUUUCCUGGAAAUGACAUGUGAAGAAGCAGGGACAAUGUCAUUAUGCACUUGCUGACUCUGUCGCAAGAGAGUCAUGAUUUAUGUCAUGCUUAAUACAUGAAUCUACUGAUAAUGCUAACUCUCUUUUAGAUUAUAAAUUGGAAUCAGAAAUACUAUGUUUAUCUUGUUCAUACUAUUUUUAAAGAUUUAUUUUUCAUUGAUGCCCUUACUAUAUUUGUAUUUAAGCUUGAUGAUGUGUUAUAUUUGGGUCAAUAUGGUCUGUUUAAAUCCUUCGUAUGCAAAUGUCAGUAUGUCCAAUGGUAGUACGCACGUUUAGUAUGUGAAACUAUGAGUGUGCAUACAGCAAUGAAAAGUAGUAAGUAUUUGGUCCUAACAAGAUUAAAAUUGUCCUAUAUUUUCUUUUCACCUUGUUCCCUAAUCGGAAGACAUUCUGUUAAAGAUAAAAAAAUAUAUAUAGCAUGUGUGUUUAUACAAAAUAUGGCUGCCACAAGCUGCAAUAAAUCACCCGAAUGGCUUCUGACUGA